UCUACCCAACAACAGAAAUAUUAAGGGAGACAACCAGUAUGCCUGUCACAGAUGACAAUGGUUUAUCUACCAUGUUGUAUGAAGGUACUCCUGCCCCUACAACUCCCCAGACAAGCAGAGCCUCCGUGCCUAAAACUACUGAACAAAACACCAACACGGAAGCUAAGAUUUCCUCCAUUUCAGUCAAAAGCACUGAAAACCCACUAAUGAUUGAUGCCAUGGCAAACCUAAAAGACACUCUUAUAACCACAACAACUGCACUUACCACUAUGGCUUCCAUGACUAACACUACAGGAGUAAACAGUUGGACUGAUCCUUUGACUUAUACUACAACACAUCAUUUCACAAAUAUCCUUAACACAAGCUCUUCUACAACAACGGGACCUCCUGAAAUACCUGCUACCAGUGCCACAGUUUACUCAUCUAAAUCCAACAACACCCCAAUUCGGACCACACCACUUAGCAUUGGCACAAAAUCACCAAUAGCCACAGCUCUCGGUGAUGUCAAAGGUACUGAAAAUAGAAGUGCAGUCACAGAAAACCUGUUCAAUAGUCUCCUCUCUACCUUGGCUUCUGAAACACCUAUUCAAAAUCAAGGUUCCGCUACCUCCAAUUGGACUGUCAACACAUUUAAAAGUGCAGCUUCGACCACUCAUGAAACAUUAAGUGACACUCCCCAAACCACCACAGAUCCCCAAACAAAUUCAGCUUUGAUUAUGUCCUCCACAGUGCUUACCAAAACCAAUGACACUGCGGCAUUCUCUGGACUUACUGAAAAUUCAAAAGGUGAAAUCCCAUGGGACAUAAAGGAUUUGUCAACAGAUAUGUUUCCCAGCAGUAUUACAGACGUCACAUCCACUGACAUGUCAGUUACAUCCUCGUUUCAUAAAACAUCAAUAGACUCAGUGUUCAACGCUACACUAGCCAACACGGUCAGUGGAACGCAAAACACCACCACACCCACUUUAAUAACAGCCACCUCACAACCAACUACCCCACUUAAAAACUGGACGUCAAAAACACACCCAACCAGUUCUACUGGUGAUCUGAAUCUGGCCAGUGAUACUGCACACACCACUGUUCUUUUAGACACAUUUAAAAGCCCAGAAGCUGGCAAAAGAUCAGAAAUCAAUUUCCCAGCUUUCCUUACCACACGACACGACAGCACACACCCAACAAGUGCUACGCAAGUAUACAAGAAAAGCACAGAUGUUUCUGUCACAGAAAGAAACUAUCAAGGAUUGGCUGCAACAAAAGAUAGUAGUUUAUUGAGCAGUCGGUUUCCGGAUCUCAUGGUUAGCACUUCCGAUAAAGCGACUACAUCAACUGAUGACCAUUUAAGUAGUACUGGUCUGACAACCUCCUCUUUGCCAAAUGCCAGGCCUAAUGUACUUAUUUCCACCACAUUUGAUUCAGGGCAAAGUACCGAUUCUCUCAGUUCCCCCAGUGCAACCACAAUAACACACAGCAAAACCAUUGGUGGCCCAACAAUAUCUACUGACACCCCAGUAAAAAUCACAGCUCGCACAAACACAGGCUCUGAUUCUAAAAACUUGUUACCAACCACAACCAGUCAGAGUUGGUUGUCAAGUACUACCUCUGAUAUUACAACCUUCAAUAAUCCAAGUGCCUUCACAAACAACUGGACAACCAACAACAUUCAAAGCACUUUGAAAUCUGAACCGAAAGCCACCACUGACAUUCCAAUCACCACCAACAAGCAGCUUCUUUCACCCAAAGCAAACCAGACUACCAGCAAUGCAUUGAUUAUCACCCCUGCUACUGACACUAAGAACUCUGUCUACCCAACAACUGCAAUAUUAAGGGAGACAACCAGUAUGCCUGUCACAGAUGACAAUGGUUUAUCUACCAUGUUGUAUGAAGGUACUCCUGCCCCUACAACUCCCCAGACAAGCAGAGCCUCCGUGCCUAAAACUACUGAACAAAACACCAACACGGAAGCUAAGAUUUCCUCCACUUCAGUCAAAAGCACUGAAAACCCACUAAUGAUUGAUGCCAUGGCAAACCUAAAAGACACUCUUAUAACCACAACAACUGCACUUACCACUAUGGCUUCCAUGACUAACACUACAGGAGUAAACAGUUGGACUGAUCCUUUGACUUAUACUACAACACAUCAUUUCACAAAUAUCCUUAACACAAGCUCUUCUACAACAACGGGACCUCCUGAAAUACCUGCUACCAGUGCCACAGUUUACUCAUCUAAAUCCAACAACACCCCAAUUCGGACCACACCACUCAGCAUUGGCACAAAAUCACCAAUAGCCACAGCUCUCGGUGAUGUCAAAGGUACUGAAAAUAGAAGUGCAGUCACAGAAAACCUGUUCAAUAGUCUCCUCUCUACCUUGGCUUCUGAAACACCUAUUCAAAAUCAAGGUUCCGCUACCUCCAAUUGGACUGUCAACACAUUUAAAAGUGCAGCUUCGACCACUCAUGAAACAUUAAGUGACACUCCCCAAACCACCACAGAUCCCCAAACAAAUUCAGCUUUGAUUAUGUCCUCCACAGUGCUUACCAAAACCAAUGACACUGCGGCAUUCUCUGGACUUGCUGAAAAUUCAAAAGGUGAAAUCCCAAGGGACAUAAAGGAUUUGUCAACAGACAUGCAUCCCAGCAGUAUUACAGAUGUCACAUCCACUGACAUGUCAGUUACAUCCUCGUUUCAUAAAACAUCAAUAGACUCAGUGUUCAACGCUACACUAGCCAACACGAUCAGUGGAACGCAAAACACCACCACACCCACUUUAAUAACAGCCACCUCACAACCAACUACCCCACUUGAAAACUGGACGUCAAAAACACACCCAACCAGUUCUACUGAUGAUCUGAAUCUGGCCAGUGAUACUGCACACACCACUGUUCUUUUAGACACAUUUAAAAGCCCAGAAGCUGGCAAAAGAUCAGAAAUCAAUUUCCCAGCUUUCCUUACCACACGACACGACAGCACACACCCAACAAGUGUUACGCAAGUAUACAAGAAAAGCACAGAUGUUUCUGUCACAGAAAGAAACUAUCAAGGAUUGGCUGCAACAAAAGAUAGUAGUUUAUUGAGCAGUCGGUUUCCGGAUCUCAUGGUUAGCACUUCCGAUAAAGCGACUACAUCAACUGAUGACCAUUUAAGUAGUACUGGUCUGACAACCUCCUCUUUGCCAAAUGCCAGGCCUAAUGUACUUAUUUCCACCACAUUUGAUUCAGGGCAAAGUACCGAUUCUCUCAGUUCCCCCAGUGCAACCACAAUAACACACAGCAAAACCAUUGGUGGCCCAACAAUAUCUACUGACACCCCAGUAAAAAUCACAGCUCGCACAAACACAGGCUCUGAUUCUAAAAACUUGUUACCAACCACAACCAGUCAGAGUUGGUUGUCAAGUACUACCUCUGAUAUUACAACCUUCAAUAAUCCAAGUGCCUUCACAAACAACUGGACAACCAACAACAUUCAAAGCACUUUGAAAUCUGAACUGAAAGCCACCACUGACAUUCCAAUCACCACCAACAAGCAGCUUCUUUCACCCAAAGCAAACCAGACUACCAGUGAUGCAUUGAUUAUCACCCCUGCUACUGACACUAAGAACUCUGUCUACCCAACAACUGCAAUAUUAAGGGAGACAACCAGUAUGCCUGUCACAGAUGACAAUGGUUUAUCUACCAUGUUGUAUGAAGGUACUCCUGCCCCUACAACUCCCCAGACAAGCAGAGCCUCCGUGCCUAAAACUACUGAACAAAACACCAACACGGAAGCUAAGAUUUCCUCCACUUCAGUCAAAAGCACUGAAAACCCACUAAUGAUUGAUGCCAUGGCAAACCUAAAAGACACUCUUAUAACCACAACAACUGCACUUACCACUAUGGCUUCCAUGACUAACACUACAGGAGUAAACAGUUGGACUGAUCCUUUGACUUAUACUACAACACAUCAUUUCACAAAUAUCCUUAACACAAGCUCUUCUACAACAACGGGACCUCCUGAAAUACCUGCUACCAGUGCCACAGUUUACUCAUCUAAAUCCAACAACACCCCAAUUCGGACCACACCACUCAGCAUUGGCACAAAAUCACCAAUAGCCACAGCUCUCGGUGAUGUCAAAGGUACUGAAAAUAGAAGUGCAGUCACAGAAAACCUGUUCAAUAGUCUCCUCUCUACCUUGGCUUCUGAAACACCUAUUCAAAAUCAAGGUUCCGCUACCUCCAAUUGGACUGUCAACACAUUUAAAAGUGCAGCUUCGACCACUCAUGAAACAUUAAGUGACACUCCCCAAACCACCACAGAUCCCCAAACAAAUUCAGCUUUGAUUAUGUCCUCCACAGUGCUUACCAAAACCAAUGACACUGCGGCAUUCUCUGGACUUGCUGAAAAUUCAAAAGGUGAAAUCCCAUGGGACAUAAAGGAUUUGUCAACAGAUAUGUUUCCCAUUAGUAUUACAGACGUCACAUCCACUGACAUGUCAGUUACAUCCUCGUUUCAUAAAACAUCAAUAGACUCAGUGUUCAACGCUACACUAGCCAACACGGUCAGUGGAACGCAAAACACCACCACACCCACUUUAAUAACAGCCACCUCACAACCAACUACCCCACUUGAAAACUGGACGUCAAAAACACACCCAACCAGUUCUACUGAUGAUCUGAAUCUGGCCAGUGAUACUGCACACACCACUGUUCUUUUAGACACAUUUAAAAGCCCAGAAGCUGGCAAAAGAUCAGAAAUCAAUUUCCCAGCUUUCCUUACCACACGACACGACAGCACACACCCAACAAGUGUUACGCAAGUAUACAAGAAAAGCACAGAUGUUUCUGUCACAGAAAGAAACUAUCAAGGAUUGGCUGCAACAAAAGAUAGUAGUUUAUUGAGCAGUCGGUUUCCGGAUCUCAUGGUUAGCACUUCCGAUAAAGCGAUUACAUCAACUGAUGACCAUUUAAGUAGUACUGGUCUGACAACCUCCUCUUUGCCAAAUGCCAGGCCUAAUGUACUUAUUUCCACCACAUUUGAUUCAGGGCAAAGUACCGAUUCUCUCAGUUCCCCCAGUGCAACCAGAAUAAUACACAACAAAACCAUUGGUGGCCCAACAAUAUCUACUGACACCCCAGUAAAAAUCACAGCUCGCACAAACACAGGCUCUGAUUCUAAAAACUUGUUACCAACCACAACCAGUCAGAGUUGGUUGUCAAGUACUACCUCUGAUAUUACAACCUUCAAUAAUCCAAGUGCCUUCACAAACAACUGGACAACCAACAACAUUCAAAGCACUUUGAAAUCUGAACUGAAAGCCACCACUGACAUUCCAAUCACCACCAACAAGCAGCUUCUUUCACCCAAAGCAAACCAGACUACCAGCAAUGCAUUGAUUAUCACCCCUGCUACUGACACUAAGAACUCUGUCUACCCAACAACUGCAAUAUUAAGGGAGACAACCAGUAUGCCUGUCACAGAUGACAAUGGUUUAUCUACCAUGUUGUAUGAAGGUACUCCUGCCCCUACAACUCCCCAGACAAGCAGAGCCUCCGUGCCUAAAACUACUGAACAAAACACCAACACGGAAGCUAAGAUUUCCUCCAUUUCAGUCAAAAGCACUGAAAACCCACUAAUGAUUGAUGCCAUGGCAAACCUAAAAGACACUCUUAUAACCACAACAACUGCACUUACCACUAUGGCUUCCAUGACUAACACUACAGGAGUAAACAGUUGGACUGAUCCUUUGACUUAUACUACAACACAUCAUUUCACAAAUAUCCUUAACACAAGCUCUUCUACAACAACGGGACCUCCUGAAAUACCUGCUACCAGUGCCACAGUUUACUCAUCUAAAUCCAACAACACCCCAAUUCGGACCACACCACUUAGCAUUGGCACAAAAUCACCAAUAGCCACAGCUCUCGGUGAUGUCAAAGGUACUGAAAAUAGAAGUGCAGUCACAGAAAACCUGUUCAAUAGUCUCCUCUCUACCUUGGCUUCUGAAACACCUAUUCAAAAUCAAGGUUCCGCUACCUCCAAUUGGACUGUCAACACAUUUAAAAGUGCAGCUUCGACCACUCAUGAAACAUUAAGUGACACUCCCCAAACCACCACAGAUCCCCAAACAAAUUCAGCUUUGAUUAUGUCCUCCACAGUGCUUACCAAAACCAAUGACACUGCGGCAUUCUCUGGACUUACUGAAAAUUCAAAAGGUGAAAUCCCAUGGGACAUAAAGGAUUUGUCAACAGAUAUGUUUCCCAGCAGUAUUACAGACGUCACAUCCACUGACAUGUCAGUUACAUCCUCGUUUCAUAAAACAUCAAUAGACUCAGUGUUCAACGCUACACUAGCCAACACGGUCAGUGGAACGCAAAACACCACCACACCCACUUUAAUAACAGCCACCUCACAACCAACUACCCCACUUAAAAACUGGACGUCAAAAACACACCCAACCAGUUCUACUGGUGAUCUGAAUCUGGCCAGUGAUACUGCACACACCACUGUUCUUUUAGACACAUUUAAAAGCCCAGAAGCUGGCAAAAGAUCAGAAAUCAAUUUCCCAGCUUUCCUUACCACACGACACGACAGCACACACCCAACAAGUGCUACGCAAGUAUACAAGAAAAGCACAGAUGUUUCUGUCACAGAAAGAAACUAUCAAGGAUUGGCUGCAACAAAAGAUAGUAGUUUAUUGAGCAGUCGGUUUCCGGAUCUCAUGGUUAGCACUUCCGAUAAAGCGACUACAUCAACUGAUGACCAUUUAAGUAGUACUGGUCUGACAACCUCCUCUUUGCCAAAUGCCAGGCCUAAUGUACUUAUUUCCACCACAUUUGAUUCAGGGCAAAGUACCGAUUCUCUCAGUUCCCCCAGUGCAACCACAAUAACACACAGCAAAACCAUUGGUGGCCCAACAAUAUCUACUGACACCCCAGUAAAAAUCACACCUCGCACAAACACAGGCUCUGAUUCUAAAAACUUGUUACCAACCACAACCAGUCAGAGUUGGUUGUCAAGUACUACCUCUGAUAUUACAACCUUCAAUAAUCCAAGUGCCUUCACAAACAACUGGACAACCAACAACAUUCAAAGCACUUUGAAAUCUGAACUGAAAGCCACCACUGACAUUCCAAUCACCACCAACAAGCAGCUUCUUUCACCCAAAGCAAACCAGACUACCAGCAAUGCAUUGAUUAUCACCCCUGCUACUGACACUAAGAACUCUGUCUACCCAACAACUGCAAUAUUAAGGGAGACAACCAGUAUGCCUGUCACAGAUGACAAUGGUUUAUCUACCAUGUUGUAUGAAGGUACUCCUGCCCCUACAACUCCCCAGACAAGCAGAGCCUCCGUGCCUAAAACUACUGAACAAAACACCAACACGGAAGCUAAGAUUUCCUCCACUUCAGUCAAAAGCACUGAAAACCCACUAAUGAUUGAUGCCAUGGCAAACCUAAAAGACACUCUUAUAACCACAACAACUGCACUUACCACUAUGGCUUCCAUGACUAACACUACAGGAGUAAACAGUUGGACUGAUCCUUUGACUUAUACUACAACACAUCAUUUCACAAAUAUCCUUAACACAAGCUCUUCUACAACAACGGGACCUCCUGAAAUACCUGCUACCAGUGCCACAGUUUACUCAUCUAAAUCCAACAACACCCCAAUUCGGACCACACCACUCAGCAUUGGCACAAAAUCACCAAUAGCCACAGCUCUCGGUGAUGUCAAAGGUACUGAAAAUAGAAGUGCAGUCACAGAAAACCUGUUCAAUAGUCUCCUCUCUACCUUGGCUUCUGAAACACCUAUUCAAAAUCAAGGUUCCGCUACCUCCAAUUGGACUGUCAACACAUUUAAAAGUGCAGCUUCGACCACUCAUGAAACAUUAAGUGACACUCCCCAAACCACCACAGAUCCCCAAACAAAUUCAGCUUUGAUUAUGUCCUCCACAGUGCUUACCAAAACCAAUGACACUGCGGCAUUCUCUGGACUUGCUGAAAAUUCAAAAGGUGAAAUCCCAAGGGACAUAAAGGAUUUGUCAACAGACAUGCAUCCCAGCAGUAUUACAGAUGUCACAUCCACUGACAUGUCAGUUACAUCCUCGUUUCAUAAAACAUCAAUAGACUCAGUGUUCAACGCUACACUAGCCAACACGAUCAGUGGAACGCAAAACACCACCACACCCACUUUAAUAACAGCCACCUCACAACCAACUACCCCACUUGAAAACUGGACGUCAAAAACACACCCAACCAGUUCUACUGAUGAUCUGAAUCUGGCCAGUGAUACUGCACACACCACUGUUCUUUUAGACACAUUUAAAAGCCCAGAAGCUGGCAAAAGAUCAGAAAUCAAUUUCCCAGCUUUCCUUACCACACGACACGACAGCACACACCCAACAAGUGUUACGCAAGUAUACAAGAAAAGCACAGAUGUUUCUGUCACAGAAAGAAACUAUCAAGGAUUGGCUGCAACAAAAGAUAGUAGUUUAUUGAGCAGUCGGUUUCCGGAUCUCAUGGUUAGCACUUCCGAUAAAGCGACUACAUCAACUGAUGACCAUUUAAGUAGUACUGGUCUGACAACCUCCUCUUUGCCAAAUGCCAGGCCUAAUGUACUUAUUUCCACCACAUUUGAUUCAGGGCAAAGUACCGAUUCUCUCAGUUCCCCCAGUGCAACCACAAUAACACACAGCAAAACCAUUGGUGGCCCAACAAUAUCUACUGACACCCCAGUAAAAAUCACAGCUCGCACAAACACAGGCUCUGAUUCUAAAAACUUGUUACCAACCACAACCAGUCAGAGUUGGUUGUCAAGUACUACCUCUGAUAUUACAACCUUCAAUAAUCCAAGUGCCUUCACAAACAACUGGACAACCAACAACAUUCAAAGCACUUUGAAAUCUGAACUGAAAGCCACCACUGACAUUCCAAUCACCACCAACAAGCAGCUUCUUUCACCCAAAGCAAACCAGACUACCAGUGAUGCAUUGAUUAUCACCCCUGCUACUGACACUAAGAACUCUGUCUACCCAACAACUGCAAUAUUAAGGGAGACAACCAGUAUGCCUGUCACAGAUGACAAUGGUUUAUCUACCAUGUUGUAUGAAGGUACUCCUGCCCCUACAACUCCCCAGACAAGCAGAGCCUCCGUGCCUAAAACUACUGAACAAAACACCAACACGGAAGCUAAGAUUUCCUCCACUUCAGUCAAAAGCACUGAAAACCCACUAAUGAUUGAUGCCAUGGCAAACCUAAAAGACACUCUUAUAACCACAACAACUGCACUUACCACUAUGGCUUCCAUGACUAACACUACAGGAGUAAACAGUUGGACUGAUCCUUUGACUUAUACUACAACACAUCAUUUCACAAAUAUCCUUAACACAAGCUCUUCUACAACAACGGGACCUCCUAAAAUACCUGCUACCAGUGCCACAGUUUACUCAUCUAAAUCCAACAACACCCCAAUUCGGACCACACCACUCAGCAUUGGCACAAAAUCACCAAUAGCCACAGCUCUCGGUGAUGUCAAAGGUACUGAAAAUAGAAGUGCAGUCACAGAAAACCUGUUCAAUAGUCUCCUCUCUACCUUGGCUUCUGAAACACCUAUUCAAAAUCAAGGUUCCGCUACCUCCAAUUGGACUGUCAACACAUUUAAAAGUGCAGCUUCGACCACUCAUGAAACAUUAAGUGACACUCCCCAAACCACCACAGAUCCC